UAUAGGACAUAGGAAAAGGAAAUUGCCAUUACACUAGUUACACAACAUCAAACACAGGCACAGAGUCCAAGGUUUAGAGGGUGUGAGAAUUGUACCUGCCUUCGUGUUUGAAGGCGUGAGACCCUACGUAGUACAAACAGCUGACUGAGCAGCCCCCGAGGUCCCAUACUUGAUAUAAAAAGAGGCACUGAUGUAAGACCGAGAGCUUCUCUGUGACUUACAGGAUGAAUACCCUACAGGUUAUUUUUCUCUUGGCUGCAGGCCUCUCUGUCACCCACUCACUGGACUACAGGGCUCUGACUCAGUUCAGGAGGAUGAUCCUGUGUGUGAUGCCUGAUAGCUGGCCUUUUUCCGACUAUGCUGACUACGGCUGCUUCUGUGGAAAGGGAGGCUCCGGCACACCUGUGGAUGAUGUGGAUAGGUGCUGCCAAGUGCACGAUCUGUGUUACAACGAAGCAAUGCAACACCCUGAGUGCUGGUUCAUCAUCAAUAACCCGUACACCCAGUUCUACAGCUACAGCUGCGACGAGCCAAACAAUAAGGUCUCCUGCGGCAGCGACAACAACGCUUGUGAGAUGUUCAUCUGCGAGUGCGACAGGAAGGCCGCAGAGUGUUUUGGCGUAUCGCCUUGGAACCCUGAGCAUGAGCACCUGCCCAGCGACCGCUGUCACUGA